GAAUGACGCUAACGUCUCUGGGCGACGCGCGUUUGUAAACAGGUUGGUGAAGCUUAAAGGCAGGAAUUUGGGGCAAGGCCACGUUGUCGCAUGUAUUGGUGAUGGCAUGGGAAGCAGAAUACCUAUUGGAUUAUUCCUGCUCAGGCUGCCUCUUGGACACAAUACCAGGGGAAGGGGAAGUGGAAUUGCAUCAAGCUCUUGGUGACAUUGAUGAGGAUCUGAAGCAGAAUGCUGUGUGCAUUGAGCAGACAAUGAGGGAACUGCAAUCAGACCUUAGUAAGCUGUGCAUGGGAGAGAAAUUGCAGAACACUGGUGAUUGCCUACAGUGGUUAAGCAGUUACAGUAUUUCCUGUGUCAAGCCAUUCACCACUCCAUGUGAUCAAUUGACAAACUUUCUUAAAGCACUGCUUCACUUUCUGAAGACUGAAGAAGGCCCGGAAGAAAUGAUCAUGCAGCUACUCCUGGAUCUCUCUGCUGAGUGUGGUGUUGUGUUUCCAUUGAAUUCAUAUGGAGCUUCAUUUCAUGUUCCUUCUACGACAUCAGUUCAUGCCGUUGAGUUCAAUGAUUCUCUUGAUGCCCUGUCUGUGUGGGAUGACGUGAGGUUACACCUUCGCAGGUUCUUAGUUGAUAAGCUUCAAAAUUGUCAAGAAAUGAAUAACAUGCUUCCAAAUAUUCAAUUCAAAGCACAGUGCCUUCAGCGGCUUCUAUUUCUGUACCCAGAAACUGAAGUUCUAACCAAAUAUCAAAGUAUCCAGUGCAAAUCUGUGCAAGAUCUGCUGCAGAAUAGUGUCUUAACCAACAGCGAUGAUAUCAGUUUUGACAAAGUAGCUCAUGGGUUUGAAAGCUCGAUUCCUGUGGUGUGUACAAUGAUGAGACAAGAUUUGUAUGCUUUACGUACACUUGUGGAGGAUUCUAAAGUAUUGAAAUUUAUUAAUGAUGCGUACUUACAGAAUAUUGCAGAAACACUCUACAUUGUAACAGAAAAACUUGGUGAACAACAGCUGAGGAAAAACGUGCAACAUUUGAAGACAAACAAAAGCUUAAGCAAACAAAAAGGAGCAGUACGGAUUAUGGUUUCACAGGAACAGACUAAGGAGGUAAGGAACUUAUGUCUCACUGCGCAUCAGCUUAGGUGCCUUUCCCACCUGAUGAAAACUCUCCUUCACUUGGAAAAGCGAAUGAAGGAACUAGCUUCGGAGGUCUUUUUGGGAAACUUUUCCACACAGCAUGGCAGGAAUGUUCGAGGAGUGUUAAAGAAGACCCCAGCAAAUACUGAUGUGCCAUCAGAGGUGAACAAAGCUCAUAUCCAAGCUGAGCAGUUACUACUUGUGACCGAGUCUGUUUCUCUUGAAUGCAACUGGAGAAAUGCUUUUAAGGGCCUAGCAUCUUCUACAGCCCAUUGUGUGAAAAGGGUAAUUGAAGAUACAUGUUCAGGAUGCCUUGAACAAGAAGCAAACCAGUACACAUCAAGGAAAGGUUUGGCAACAUGUACUCACCCAGUGAAAGCUACAUGGGAUCUGUACAUGGAAGAAGAGCAACCCAAAAAAGUCGCAAAGUUUUGUUCUUACAUCAUGGAAGAACUUGACACGUUACUUCCAUUGGCCCUGGCAAGCAGUGAGAGCUUUCUUCAGGAAAUUAGAGAAAGCUUUUUGGAUGGCUGUUCUAAAGUAGCUGUAGAUAUCCUGUCUCGACUUGAAGAGAGAAGCAAAGAGGUCCCCUCCAAGGUUCCAGUACAAAACCUGUAUGUUAUCCUCUCUACAGCAAUAUUCGUCCAUAAUUACUUAACUGAAUAUAAGAAUUUGCUGAAAGAGUCAAACAUAAAUAAGCCAUUGUUCUUGCUGCCAAUUCAGCGGUAUCAGGAAUUCAUCAGAGCGAUUCAGUUUCAAGUUUCCAAUUACUGCAUAAGAGUUUGUGCUACGAGCAUUUUCCAGGAUGCACAGAGCCACCACUGGGAUGACUCCAAAUCUUUUUAUGAGGGAGAGAGAUGCUCUUUUUCCAUUCAAAUGUGGCAUUACUAUUGCGGUGCGCUUCGUUAUGAUCUUUGGACUGUGCUGCCCUCUAGAUUAGCCCAGGAACUUCUAGCUGAGGUGUUGAGUGAAUCCUUAACCAUUCUGGCCUGCAGAUACUCUCAGUCUUGUCCUACGUAUAACAGAACUUCACAGAUAAGAAUUGACAUCACUGCCAUACUUGUGUGCACCGAAAAUCUUUUAUGGUCAGUUUGCCGUUCAGCUCAAGAAUUACUUCAGCCUUCAGAGGAUCUGUCUCGCUGGAUCUUCAUUAUUCAUAACCAUUGCAAUGCACUUCUUAGUGCUCUUGCUAUCUUAACAUCACCUCUAGACAAACUAUAUGAAAUAUUUUGCAAUGGUUUCUCUGGAUAUAUCUCUACGCUGGCAUUGGACCCAAUAAAUAAUGGCUUACUGGAAUGGUUACAUUGGAUUCAACUCUCCGGUUUUUCAAAUGAAUUACGCAGCCCUUCAUCAUGUGAUAAAGUUGCAGUCGACCAGCACCUUAUGUUGUUAUUGUCACAACCCAACUGCAACUGGAACUUAUUACUGCAAAUGCUAAUGCUUCAGGACUGUCUGGUACCUCGAAUCCUGCUGAAUAACACAUCUAUUGAUCAAGAGAACUUUGAUAUCCGGACAAAGGGAAAAAACAAUGAUGUGCAGUCAAAAUUGAUGGAAGCAAUCAUGAUGGUGAUGAUAUACUCCAAAUCAUUGCCCAGAUGUCUCAGUAUUGUUCUUGAAGAUUAUCUUGACAAAUACCAGAUGUGGAAUCAGUUGUGUUACUUAUCAGCUGCAGACAAGUCAGAGGUGCUAAGGUGUCUGAAACUGUAUAUAUCCAAAGCAAGCAAGGCAAUAUUAAAGCAGGUCGUCUCCUUGGUUCUCAUGUGGCAAGCAGUAGAGAAUCCAGGCACAUAUCAUUAUAAGCAAAUGCUUCCAGAAAGUUUGCUCAGUAAAAUUCCCAAAGCAUGGGAUUAUAUACCAAGGGAAUUUAAAAGAGGAGAAUCUGGAAAAAAUUUGACAAAACUUAUAGCUCAGGCUGUUUCAGUUGUAAUUGGUAACCUGCCUGGAGCAAUUGCUUCAUUGCCUUCAACAAUUAAAUACCUCUUCAACUUAGCGGAUAAAAAACUUCAUAACAACAUUCCUGAGCUCAGAAAAUCAUGCCUUCUUUGUUAUGUUAUGACUAUUUGCCAAACCCUGGAAGAUGGAAAUGGCAUAGAGCUUUUGACAAGUGUUGCAUUAGAUAGAUGGAGUAAAGAUAAACUGGGUUUGCUGAGUGAAUGUCUUCUGAACAUUAUGGGACAGGGAAAGGAAAGUCCCAAACCAAUAAUACAGAAGGUCAUCAAUUGUUUGGAAAAACAGAAACCUAAAUGGAUUGAAGCCCAGCUACAAAAAGCAAGAGAACUGUGCACAGAAAGUACAUUUCUCACAGACGGAGGUUGCUUUGCACAGGAGAAAGGCAGUUUUUCUGAAUUGACUAAGCAGAAAAUGAGCAUGAUACUCCUGGAUAUCUGCCACCAGCCAGGUGGUAGUGAAUACCUGAGGCAAAUUUAUCACAUCAUCCAACUCAAUGAGGAUUGGUUGAAGGAACAAAUUUAUUCUCAACGUUUUUCAGAUGAGAAAGGGGUCCCACAAAAGCCUUGGCAACUUACUUUGCACGGUUUUCAGCAACCUUUGAUGUUUAACCCUUUGCAUGUUUUUAACCAUAUUGGUUCCAGUAACUUUAGCCAGUCAGCUAUAACAGAGUGGAAUUGGGAUUGGUCAAAAGUGCUGCAGAGUAAUCUGGGACUGAGUCAAUUGACCUUCAGGGCACUGCUAGCAAACAGAUGGGAAAUGCAAGCUGACACAACUCUUGAAGCCAAAGAAAAGGUUAUGAUAGAACACCUACAAAAGAUGUAUUUUAGCAAGGAUGAAGAAAAUUAGUGUAACAAUGUAAGGUUAAUGAAAAAGCUUGUUACAUAUAAAUAGUUCAACUUUGCAUUUAUUGUUUCCAUUCAUUGAAAUUUUAAAAUAUUAUAUUGAAAGUCUGAAGCAAUAGAAGAACAUGACCAGUAAUUAAACAUAUUUUAUGUUCUUUGGAAGUUGUCUGUUAACUGUGUUAUUAAAAACAUAAAGUCUGAUGUGUUAAGUUGGAUUUACAUUGCAAUUCUGAAGAAAUCAGUUGGAUUUUUAUACAUUAAAACCAGAUACUUUAUGUUAGAAUUACAUUAUUUCCAUUGCCCACCUAAUUGCUUAAAGGGUUCACAACUAAACCAUGUAGAACAGAAAGUCCCCAGUUUACACAAAGUCUAAGUUGAUUUCACUGAUCUUCAUCAACAAGGCAGCACAGGCUUUAGACUUGGCUUCAGUCCUGCUGGAAGAGAAGCCAGCAUUCCUGCUCUUGAUCACUGUCCAGUGUCUCUGCUGGAAAUGCAUGUUUGUCGUUGCUGGGUGACAACACUGUACUCCUUUUAGUUUCUAUAUAAUAAAUCACACUGCAAUUUGA